GCCGCCGCCGCCGCUGCCGCUGCUGCUGCUGGUGUGGCCGCGGGCUGGCGGCUGGCGCUCCGCUCGCCCCCCGGCCUCACCGCCUGGCCUGGCCGCUCCUCGCGGGCGCCCCGACCCCCCUCCCGGCGAUGGUGCCGCCCGAGGGCGCGUCCGUCCCCCGCCACCGCUGACCCCGGCCCCCCCGCCCCAUGGCCGCCUCGGCGCCGCCCCCACCGGACAAGCUGGAGGGAGGUGGCGGCCCCGCACCGCCCCCUGCGCCGCCCGGCCCCGGGAGGAAGCAGGGCAAGGCCGGUCUGCAGAUGAAGAGCCCAGAGAAGAAGCGAAGGAAGUCCAACACUCAGGGCCCUGCAUACUCACAUCUGACGGAGUUUGCGCCACCCCCGACUCCCAUGGUGGAUCACCUGGUUGCAUCCAACCCUUUUGAGGAUGACUUCGGAGCCCCUAAGGUGGGGGGCGCGGCCCCUCCAUUCCUUGGCAGUCCUGUCCCCUUUGGAGGCUUCCGUGUACAGGGGGGCAUGGCAGGCCAGGUACCCCCAGGCUACAGCACUGGGGGUGGAGGGGGCCCCCAGCCUCUUCGUCGACAGCCCCCCCCUUUCCCUCCCAACCCUAUGGGCCCUGCUUUCAACAUGCCCCCCCAGGGCCCCGGCUACCCACCCCCAGGCAACAUGAACUUUCCUAGCCAACCCUUCAACCAGCCUCUGGGUCAGAACUUCAGCCCUCCUGGUGGGCAGAUGAUGCCAGGCCCGGUGGGGGGAUUUGGCCCCAUGAUCUCACCCACCAUGGGACAACCUCCCAGAGGGGAGCUGGGCCCCCCUUCCCUCCCCCAACGCUUUGCCCAGCCAGGAGCACCUUUUGGCCCUUCUCCUCUCCAGAGACCUGGUCAGGGGCUCCCCAGCCUGCCCCCCAACACAAGUCCCUUCCCUGGCCCGGACCCUGGCUUUCCUGGCCCUGGUGGUGAGGAUGGGGGAAAGCCCCUGAAUCCACCUGCUCCCACUGCUUUUCCCCAGGAGCCUCACUCAGGCUCCCCAGCCGCUGCUGUUAAUGGAAAUCAGCCCAGUUUCCCCCCAAACAGCAGUGGGCGGGGUGGGGGAACUCCAGAUGCCAACAGCCUGGCACCCCCCAGCAAGGCGGGUGGGGGCUCAGGGCCCCAGCCUCCCCCAGGCCUGGUGUACCCGUGUGGCGCCUGUCGCAGUGAGGUGAAUGAUGACCAGGACGCCAUCCUGUGUGAGGCCUCCUGCCAGAAGUGGUUCCACCGUGAGUGUACAGGCAUGACAGAGAGCGCGUACGGGCUGCUGACCACCGAGGCCUCCGCCGUCUGGGCUUGCGAUCUCUGCCUCAAGACCAAGGAGAUCCAGUCUGUGUACAUCCGUGAGGGUGUGGGGCAGCUGGUGGCUGCUAACGAUGGGUGAUGCCGACCAGGGGGAUGGUUUCCACUGGCUUCCCGUCUCCAUGGGGCAGAAACACAGUGGCUCCUGGGGGCAGAGAAGGAACUGAGGUGGGCAGGCAGAAGAGCCUGGAUUGCUCACUUUUCUGGAAACUUACACGUACACGUUGAGAUCAACAGAGAUCCAGGGAACCAAAGCCCUGCCGAGCACUGUGGUGGCUCCAGUGCCCGAAGGCUGAGGGGUGUGGCUGCAAGAGAAGAGAGGCUGGAGGAAGAUCUGGAGGGCAGGGGUCUCCUCCGGGCAGAUGAUGGACGCCCCAGCACCUGUGCCUAACACUCCUAGCGAGCCCCACAGCUGCAGCCUUAGUGUUUGGAGUGACGUGGUAAACGGUUUGGGGUCCCAUCCCUGCAGUAGCCUUUUCAUGGGCUUUAGGAGACAGCUUUAGGGAAUAAAUGGGGAAUUUUCCUUUUUCUCACCCUCCCCUUGCCUCCUCCUAAGACUUAACCCGAGUCCCAUCCUUUCAGAGAACCAAAUAGCUUGAAAAAGCAGGAGAGCUCUUGGCUGGGGCAGUUUCUUGGUGAUUUGGGGCUUUAAGACUGUCUGUGGGUAAGAGAUGAUGUCCGGACAUGUGUCCCUCAUACCAAAGCCACUGGCCCUUUCUCAGCCUCUUAUGGGGUUUUCUCCUAAUGACCAUAUUUUGCCAAAAAUUGGGAUAUGCGGUCUGACAGACCGGGAUAUUUGAAGUUCAGACCGUCCUGGAACGUGGACUCUGCUCGCAUGGCCCUCCCCGGCUCGCCCAUUUAUCGCACGGUCUUGUCCGCGCUGGUCUAGAGCUUUUGGCCCUGUGUUCCUCUGCCUCCCUGGCUCGGCUGAAGGAAAGCCUGGAAAGGCACAGAACCCUUAUACCUCAUCUGAUCGAAGGACCCCUGUCCCAGCCCGUGGGGGAGGGAGGCGGCGGGACGGCCGCUGCUGUGGCCCUGAGAUGCAGUCCAGGGUCUGGGCGUGUUUGGUUUCUCUCUCCCUGCCCUUCUGGGUAUCUUGGGCCGGGUGAUUAGCAGUUUUUCCUCUCAGCCAGAAGCCUGCACUGGGCUUUAUGUGUUCCUAUUUUAUUUUUCAGGCACUGCCUGCCAGAGAUGGGCCCAGGGCCUGGUGGGAGCCCUGCACUGCAGCUCAAGCACACAUUCCUCAGUGGGGUGGGGAAGGCAGGCACAGGCGUGGCCCAGAGAGGAGCUAGUGGUCCCCUGGCCGCUUCUCUGGGGACCCUAGCCUGUGAAGACUUAGCAAAUGUACUGCAGAGCGCAUUUGGCUGCCCAGGUGGGGCAGCGGCUUUGAGGCUGUGGGAAAGAAGGGAGGGGGUUGGGGGCUUCUCUCUUCCAGGGACCAGCCCCCUCCCCCCAGCUUUGUGUUGUGUUUGUUGUUUUGUUGCCCCUCUUUUAUCUGUUGCUAUUUUUGUGAUGUCUUCCUCCCCUGCCCCCCAUCUCUGCCUUUUGUAAGUGGCUCCUGGGGGAGGAGUCUGCUCAGUCCUUCUGUUCCUCUCCACUACUUUUUGGAAGAAAAUGGGGGUGGCAGAGAUGUGGUGGGGGUCUUUUGUACGGUUGGAUUAAUAAAAGGACUUGAAAACCCAGA